AUGGCCGCGCCGUGCACUUCAAUCACGGACGAGCGUCUGGCCGUCCUCCUGGAAGAGAUCUUCCUCCGGCUGCCCACCCCAGCCGACCUCGUCCGCGCCUGCGUCGCCUUGCACCAACUCGACACCGCCCGCCAGCUCCUCACCGACCGCGCCUUCCUCCGUCGCUUCCGCAAAACACACUCCCCGUCCUUCAUCGGCUUCGUGGACUAUUCUGGCUUUCGCCCUGCGCUCCCGCCUCACACUUGUGCGCCCAUCGCCGACGCCGUCGUUAGUGCCGCCGACUUCUCCUUCUCCUUCCUUCCUCGCCCCAACCGUUGCAGCUUCACGGGGAAAGCCGGCUGCUGGAACAUCCAGGACAUCCGCGACGGCCGCGUCCUGCUCGACCGCGGUCCCGAACGCGAGAAGGGCUCAGUCGUCUUCCCGGAGCUUGCGGUGUGCGACCCGUUGCAUCGGGGAUACCGCCUGCUCCCCCCGAUCCCUGACGACCUAACCGUGUUGGUGAGGGACUCACUUGAUCUGAAUUACUCUCCGAAGCGCCGCUGCGAGGUCGUCCUCGUUCCCGCCAUCAAGGAAGGCGAAGUGGAACCGGAAGAUGAAGAGACGUCAUUCCGCGUAGUCUGGAUGGCACAGUGCAGGACUAAGCCGAUGGCAUUCCUUUAUUCUUCAACCAGUGGACAGUGGCAAGCCAUUGCAUCAGAGGAUUGGAGCAAUUUGUUGGGUUGUGUGAAGCCCGUAUAUUUGGAAUCCCGUUUGUUCCAAGCGUGUGGUCAAGCCUAUAGAUGUUUGUACUGGAAGAUGCGUGGGCCGGAAUUCGGCCUGAAGAAUUAUCCGAGGGAAGUUAUGCUGGUUCUUGACACCUUGAGGAUGGAGUUUUCUGUUGCUGAUUUGCCAGCCGGAAGAAGAUGGAGGGGCGGAGGCUUUGGUAUUGUGGAGGCAGGGGAAGGCAGGCUUGGACUGAUUACUCAUUCGAAUGAUGGCACACUACAGUAUAUUGUUAGGCAGAAGAACACCGAUAUGAAUGAGUGGCAGAUAGAGAAGACAAUCCCAUUGGCUGAGGGUGACCAUACUAUCAUACGUGUAACUGAGAGGUACUUGCUCGUACUAGGGUCAGAUAUGAGGAUCGACUUCAUGACAUUUCAGGUUGAGAGGCUUUAUGAGAAAUCUGAAUGUUUCUCACUAGUCGUCAACACAUUUAAGCUUGAGAGGGUGUGUGAGAAAAGAAAUGUCUCAUGUGGGCCCAUAUACACCAACUUCCCACCAUCAUUGUCGUCAAGGACAGUAUGA